CUAUCGUUUCCAGUCGUUUGGUCAAUUGUCUAUUUGUCAGUAAUUUUCUGUUAAAAAAUAAAAAUAGUUAAUAUUUUCAAUAUUUUACAGUCCUAAAUUCCAAAAUAUCCUUAACGUCCUCUACGAUACAAUUAGACAUGUGUAAUUACAGAAUCAAACAUGACUUUAGAUAAAUAAAUAGCCAGAAUGCCAGAUGUCCAGAUAGAAGUAUAGACAUAGAUAGACAAUUAAAGUGGAGGGGCGAGUGUCGCUUCUAUAAUGUUCUAUGUCAUUACUAAACAUAAGUUUAUCAAUAUUUGAUUGUGAUAAGACGGUCAGAGAAAGUUAAUGGUAAUCUCAAAAGUAAUUAACCUUUGAGUUAUGAUACUGCUAACAAGUUACAACUAUAGGUAUACAAAAAGGUGCAAUACAAUUAAUGGCAAUUGGCUAUGGCAUUUUGCCACACUUUCGAAUGAAUAAAAAUCAUAUAGGUCACUUAUAAGAACGCUUCUCAAUGAAUUGUGUUCACAAAUUUAGCAGCCCGAUUGUUACUUCAUUUGGAAUACAGAUAAAGAAAAUGUUUUCAAACAUCGCUAAACCGCUGGGAGGAAAAGUAGCAAUCAUCACUGCAUCUACUGAUGGGAUUGGUUUUGCUGCUGCUAAACAAUUGGUCAGCGAUGGAGCGUCUAUCAUGAUUUCCAGCCGUAAGAAAAACAAUGUAGAAAUUGCAUUGGAACAACUUCAAAAAGAAUAUGGUGUGAACAAAGUUAAAGGACUCGUAUGCCAUGUAUCAAAAAAAGAAGAUAGAAAUAAUUUAAUUCAAGAGACUAUUAAAAUCUUCGGUGGAAUUGAUAUUCUUGUAUCAAAUGCUGCUACAAAUCCUACAUCAGGUUCAGUAUUAGAUUGUGAUGAAGAAAUUUGGGAUAAAAUAUUUGAUGUUAAUGUCAAAAGUGCAUUUUUGUUAACAAAAGAAGUAGCACCACAUCUGAUUUCUAGAGGUGGAGGCUCAAUUGUAUAUGUCUCUUCAAUAGCUGGAGUUAAUCCAAUGCCGAUGUUGGGAGCAUAUUCUGUUAGUAAAACGGCACUUCUUGGUUUGACAAAAGUAGUGGCUAUGGAUUUGGCAGAGAAUAACAUAAGAGUCAAUUGUGUAGCUCCUGGUAUUGUAAAAACAAAAUUUGCAUCAUCGCUUACGGAAAAUGAAUCGCUCAGUGAACAUUUGUUACAAGGAAUACCUAUUAGAAGAUUUGGUCGUCCUGAGGAAAUUGGUUCUAUUAUAUCAUUUCUUUGUUCACCCUCUUCUUCCUUUAUAACUGGUGAAGUAAUUGUAGCAUCUGGUGGAAUGACGUCCAGACUUUAAUUGUAUAAUUUAAGUUAUUGUAUGGUAAUUUUUUUUUUUUAAUUAAGAAUUUAAACAGUCAAGAUCGAAUUAUUGAAAUAUCAGUAUACUUUUUAUUUAUUUACUUAAUAGUUCAUUUAUUAUUUAUGCAACAUGGAAUCAUACAUACAUUGCUAGUUGAUAACUAAUUACAACUGGGUUUUCUAAAUUGUGGUGUUUGGUGACUGUUUAAAAUAUUAUAAUAUUUUCUUGUGUAUAUUGUUUUGUUUUAUUUGGUAUUUAUUUUUUAUUUAUGUAUAUUUGGUAAAAUAAUAAGUUGGUCAGUCCAUUUAUCUAAUUUUAAUUUGUUUUUAUUGAACUUUUUUUUACUUGUAAGUUGAAUAACUAUAAAAAAAACUUUAAAACUUUGUUCAUUUAUUAUUUAUGCAACAUGGAAUCAUACAUACAUUGCUAGUUGAUAACUAAUUACAACUGGGUUUUCUAAAUUGUGGUGUUUGGUGACUGAUUAAAAUAUUAUAAUAUUUUCUUGUGUAUAUUGUUUUGUUUUAUUUGGUAUUUAUUUUUUAUUUAUGUAUAUUUGGUAAAAUAAUAAGUUGUUCAGUCCAUUUAUCUAA